GGCGUUUCUGUAGAUGAGCAUGCGCAGCCCCCACCGUUCGCUCAGCCAGAGAGAGGCUUCCCAGCCAAUCCGAGAGCUUCAGAGUCAUCCUCCCGCCCACCCAGCAUACAGGCGGGGCGUUCCUCCUUAGCCAAUGGGAAAAGACAUUCGCCCGCGGUCCGCACGCGCUGCUUGCAAAGGGGUGGGGUUGUGGAGCGGAUGCUUUGGCAAGAUGGCGGGGAGCGGCGUCCGCCAAGCUGCUUCUACUGCCAGCACUUUCGUGAAGCCCAUUUUCAGUCGGGACAUGAACGAGGCCAAGCGGAGGGUGCGCGAGCUCUACCGCGCCUGGUAUCGGGAGGUGCCGAACACUGUGCACCAAUUCCAGCUGGACAUCACUGUGAAAAUGGGACGGGAUAAAGUCCGAGAAAUGUUUAUGAAGAAUGCCCACGUCACAGACCCCAGGGUGGUUGAUCUUCUGGUCAUUAAGGGAAAGAUUGAACUGGAAGAAACAAUUAAAGUAUGGAAGCAGCGGACACAUGUUAUGCGGUUCUUCCAUGAAACAGAAGCGCCAAGGCCAAAGGAUUUCCUAUCCAAGUUCUAUGUUGGCCACGAUCCAUGAAGUCAUUCAGUGGAAAGGUGCACGUUGAUACUAUUUUAGAGCACAAAUAAACUCACUAUACGAUGGUCACUUUGUGAUAGAAUUCCAUUGAUGAACCAAUUUUCUGCAGCCUUUUUGCCUGAGCAAGUGGGGCUUUGGUAUACACACCACCUGUUCUUUCCCUUUUCUUGAAAUGCGGUGUUUGCUGUAAAUUGGAUUGAAUUAUUUUUCUCAGAGCCUUGCAUGUCAGUAAACAGGAAGGAAGGAGGCCAUCUGUUCAAAAACUGUGACACUGGGCAUGAGGCUGGAUGACUUGUUAAUGUAGUUGUUUCUAUAGCCCCUAUGAUUAGACAGCGUAGUGUCAGGGCACAGAUUAUCCAAAAUUAGCCAGCUCUUGCUGUCAGAGAGGGAUCAGAGCAGCACUAACAGGCGCAAAAGUAGAGCUGUCAAGAUAGGCUAGUUUUCCUUGGGUUCUGAAGAAAAUGGAUGCGCAAAGGCUUGGCUCCGCUACUUGUAACAAGCUCCAGCCCUUAAAAUGAAAUUAACUUCCUACUCAGGCACCCUGCUAGGUGCACAGCUGUUCAAUAUACACACAGCGAACAGAAAUAUUCCUACUGUCUUUGGAAACUCUGGUGUACCUCUCGGUGGCAGAAUAAACAUCAACCCAGGUUCAAGAACUGA